CGUGAACACAAUUUGGAGCAAAUUCUGCAAUCUUAAACCAACUAACAGACGAAGUUCCCUUCAGAGAGAUUCUUCCAACAAACGCCCUUCGUACUUCGCUCCAUCGAAACCCUAGAUUCGUCUCUUUCUCUCUCUAUGUCUCUCUCUCCUCACAUUCUUCAGAGGAGUAUUGCUUGAAAUUAUACAACUUCCAAAGCAUGGAUUUGGAAGAUAAGUUCCCUGCUAAAGUCUCUGGUGUUCAAAGUAUUUCUUCCAGUGUGCAAAGCACUCCAGAGAAAAAUGGACAUUCAGAUGAUGCUUCAAGAAGUCCUGAACUUCUUCAAGAGUUCCUGAAAUCAGGCCCCAAGAAGGACCUUUUUCAAACUUGCUUUGACAAGAAAAAGAAACACUCCACUUCAUCUAAAAGCAAAAUGACAGAACAACAUCCAAAGGAGAUUAAGAAAACAUUUAAGCAUCAGGAACUAAGAUAUGCAUCUUUAAGUCCUAAGGAUCAGCCUUUUUCUAGGAAACACAGGAAAGGGGAAAACCUUAUUCGAAUUCCACCAGCUGCAGAGCAGUCUUCAGAUUUUGGACGUGCAAAUUCAUGGAUUUGUAAAAAUUCUGCAUGUAGGGCUGUUCUUUCAAUGGAUGACAUAUUUUGCAAGAGAUGCUCUUGUUGCAUAUGUCACUUAUUUGAUGACAACAAGGAUCCUAGUCUUUGGUUGGCAUGCACAUCUGAAUCUGGUCAGGGAGACUCCUGUGGGUUAUCUUGUCACAUUGAGUGCGCCCUUCAAUGUGAAAAGGUAGGGGUUGUGGAUCUUGAGCAGUUAAUGCAGCUAGAUGGGAGUUAUUGUUGUGCUUCUUGUGGAAAAAUAUCAGGGAUACUUGGAUUUUGGAAGAAGCAGCUGAGUAUAGCAAAGGAUGCACGCCGUGUUGAUGUCCUUUGUUAUAGGAUAUUCUUGAGUUACAGGCUCCUAGAUGGGACUGCCAGGUUUAAAGAUUUGUUUGAAAUUGUUAGAGAUGCCAAGGCCAAAUUAGAGACAGAUGUGGGUCCGGUAAAUGGAGUUUCAGCUAAGAUGGCACGGGGCAUCGUCAGCAGACUUUCUAUUGCUGGUGAUGUGCAGAAACUCUGCACUCUUGCAAUUGAGAAAGCAGAUGAAUGGCUGGCUGCCAAUUCUAGUGGGAACCCAAAUUGCAGAGAGGGCUCACUUCCUGCAGCUUGCAGAUUCCUCUUUGAAGAAGUGACAUCUUCUUCAGUUGUAAUUGUUUUGAGAGAACUUUCUACUGCAUCAUCUGAUGAUAUUAAGGGCUACAAGCUCUGGUAUUGCAGGUGUCGAGACGAAACACACUCAAAAGAGCCUAUUUGUGUCUUUCCAAGAGAUCGGAGAAGGAUUUUAAUUUCCAGUUUGCAACCAUGCACAGAGUACUCCUUCCGGAUAAUUUCUUACACAGAGGCUGGUGACCUGGGACACUCCGAGGCAAAGUGUUUCACCAAGAGUGUGGAGAUAAUUCGCAAGAAUCCCAACUCAGUUGCCAUUAAUCAUAAGAAAGAGGUUCCUCAUACUGAAGGAUGUGCUAAUGCCAAGAGGGAAGCCAGGACUGUAGUGGCUGGUGGAACCUCAUCUGAGUUCAAGGUCCGAGAUCUUGGGAAGAUUGUGCACCUGCUUAGGGCUCAAGAACGAGGUUGCCUUGACGAGCUUUGUGGUCUAGAUAUAGGAGCAUGCUGUGGGGUUACUGAAUGGAUUAAGCCUGAAACUCUGGAAGAAGACCAGUUGCCAUCCGUUUCACAUGGGCUUGACUUAAACGUUUCUUCAGUGCCUGAUCUAAAUGAGGAGCUAACCCCUCCAUUUGAAUCCUCUAGGGAUGAAGAUAAUGGAUGCAAUAUAGGGCAGGCUGUUGAGGCAGAUGAUGAUGUUGUUUCUCGUGACAGUGCGAAGAAUGGUCUAGCGAGAUCUCAUGGCAGCGGUGACUCCCACAAUUGGACCCAUGGGCAGGCUGGGGAAGUGUUGGUUGUUGAUUCGCGGGCAGAAUUUUGCAGGAAAAGAACCACGAAUGAGACACACGAUUGUAAUAGCACUCUGAUUAAUGCAUCACCAUUUCAAAUCUCUAAUGAAUCAGGUUGCUUGGAUGAGAAUUUUGAGUACUGUGUGAAGAUCAUUCGAUGGCUGGAAUUUGAAGGUCAUAUUGAGAAGGAAUUCAGGCUGAAAUUGCUAACAUGGUUUAGCUUGAGAUCCACAGAGCAGGAGCGCAGGGUGGUCAAUACCUUUAUUCAAACACUGAUUGAUGAUCCAAGUAGUUUGGGAGGACAAUUGGUUGACUCCUUUUCUGAUAUCAUAUCCAGCAAGAGGCAACGGAGUGGUAUCUGUAGUAAGCUGUGGCAUUGAAUAAGGGGGCAUUCUGCAAGACAGGAUUUCUAUUUAACUUGAUAUUUAUCUUUUCCCGAGAUAACUUAUUGCUGAGUAUUUUACCCAUUAUUUGUACAGGCAUUUCUUCUAGUCACUAUCAGAAGUGAUUCUUCUGUAUUUCAGACAAGCCAGGCCGGCUAAAAGAUUCAGAUUGUUGUUUGCGGAGACAGUAGUAGUUUUCAUUGGCUUGGAGAGCACUUGGGCUGGAGAUUUGUCAUUAUAGAAGGCAAUUGUCAACUCUUAACCAUUCAAUUAUACAUUUGAAGCAGUGAAAUCGACUUUAGUCAUGAAAGAUUACAGAGAUACUGUUAAUAUUGCCCUUGCCCCUCAAUUAUUUAUGGUAGGUGAUUCUUACUUUGUAGGUAAACCUAGACCUUUGAGAACAAGAUGGCAUUCCCUAAUCCCAUCCGCAAAUGAAGUGCCAUUUAUUAUUUGUUAAUGAAGAUAUCUCGUAUUCAUUCA